AUGAGACGAUACUGGUCCGAUAGAGAUGACGCUAUAGUCAUUAAAAGCCAGCCCGGUGCUGCAGAGAGAGUCUAUGGAGAAAAGUUUCUCCCGGAACACUGUCACAUGGGGCGCGCGGGGCACUGUUUACCGCGGGGUGGUGGUGAAUGGAAGUGCCGUUUCGGCUGGGGUUGGCCGUGUACGAGGCGGUCGGGCCGCCGCGCGGCCGCCUGCGAUGCGUGGCCGGCUGAGGGCUCAUCUAACCCGGCGGACGCGGCCGGUGGGACUCCUGCCGCCCGCUGCACUGAUGCGCGCGCCGACGCCGCCGCCCGCUCGAUACGGCCGCGCCGCGCCCCACACACCCCACCGAGCCACCUGUACGCUCCGUCACAACACCGCUACGGGGGUUUUCUCAGCCGACGGGACGCGAGCUCGCGUGCAACACUAGUAAACACAUCGCGGAUGUUUGUCCACCCGAUUGAGCGC